AUGGCGGAAGCUAUAGAAGUAACAUGUGCAGUUUGCGAUAAAGAGGUAGGAACAGGACACAAAUGUAAGUUAUGCAGCGAAUUUGUUCAUCUUAUAUGUGGGGAAAGGGAUGAAGAUGAAGAAAAAGAAGGAUACGGACAAAGUGUAUGA